AUGCCAGCUUCUAGUGCUAACGCGGCCGCACAGACUUCUUCUCCUGCACAUCUUGCCCCUGCCGGAUCGCCUUCUUCUGCCCCUCCCUCAUCCACUCCCGGCCCGUCCGUUCCUGCGAACGCAUACACGACGCAAUUCGCUGUCCAGCCACAGCCUGUUUCGCGAUCGUACUACGCGCCACCACAAUAUCAGACCGGCACAUCUCAGUCUGCCUCUCAGCCGUACCCCGCACAAGCGACGUACUACCCUCAGCAGCCCCCACCUGGUCCAGCGCAGCCUGCGGCUGGAAAUUACUCGUUUUAUGGCUAUCCUCCAAAUGCUUGGGCGAAUGCAUGGAAUACUGCCACGUAUCAAUAUCCUCCUGGCACUGGCUACUCUUACUCGUACGCUCCUCCGCCACAGGGCUCCUCUCAGACUGCUGUUGCCGUCUCUCCUGCGCCAGUUCCAGUACCCGCCCCUUCAGCUAAGCAGAAGUCUCCAAGCUCAUCUCCUUCACUUCCGCCAGCGUACAAUAAAGACUGGGAUGCAGCACUCAAGUCGUUCUUGUCCUCCAUUGGGUUCUCUCAGGCGUUGCGGGGGUUUGAGGCAGACAUGUUGGUAUUGAACCCGGAGUGGGAGCGCAAGAAGGUUCCCCUUGCCCUCGGAGAGCUCAUGAAGGAUCUCAUGGUACCUCAGGCGAAGGAGGAGAACCAAGAUGUCGGGAUGCAGAAACGUCCUCUUGACGAGCGCAAACUUGACUGUGUUCACCUGGCGGACGGAGUGACACCUCGCCCCCACAGCUCGAUCACGAAGGACAUAUCCCGCUUUCUCGCUCAGAACCGUGCUCGGAACGACGCGUCCAAUCGUAACGAGUUCCUCUUGUCCAUAGCCGAAAAGCGCAGGCGUCUGAAUGAGAACGGAGAUCCCGAGCCAUCUACUUCGAUACCGUCCUGCGCGCGUACGGACGCGAAGACGCAGAAUAGAGACUUACAGAUGAAAUACGACAUCGCGAAGAACGAAGACGGCCCGCUGCGCCGAACAAUGAAAGCAGGUGCUCUGCCGGGCUCUGAGUCGAGUGAGGCCACCGCGCAGGCUAAGGAUGCUGCCAAUGCUACUGCCCCUCGCGGUGUCGAAGACUAUCCGAGUGCUGAACGAUAUUCUGGCUUUGACGAGCGUUUGCAGAACAUUGAGAAGCACCUUGCUGUUCGCUAUGUCCCUUCUUUACCACGAUCCCUUCUUGACCGUCUCAAGUAUCUGGAAGACCACAUCAUUCAUUUGGAGAGGGAGUACCCACCAUGGGCGGCUCUCCACUUCAACCAACCAAAUCGUGGCUGGCCGCCACCUCCACGAGCGACGCCUAUCAUCGUGCCCUCUCACCUCACCUCGACGGCUCACAGGCAGCCUCAAGCCGCUACCGAGUCUCAGACGGCCGAAGGAUAUAUAUCGGAAUCAGCAUCCAAAGAGGUGAAAGGGAAGCCAGGGCGGCGGACGAAGUCUAGUUUACAUAGGGCAGUAAUGGAGAAGCUUGAGGUGCAGAGAGCAAUGAACGACCUUGCAGGUGAUGGCGGAUGA